AUGACGCGUGCUCAGCAGACUCUCUCCGUUCUCCUACUUGUCUCCUCGCUCUACCUAGUCCUCUACCUUGGCCUCGUUCCUCUCAACGAAACCGUCCAGACUGAAGUCAUCCCUGUUGUACGUUGCCCCCAUCGCCUACCUCUACGACCAACAACCCAUAUCACCCCCUCCUUCAUCUACAAUAUCUCCGAUCCGCAAUUCCAUACUCCCAACUUGCUAACCAUCACACUUUAUCUUCUACAGCUCCCAUUCUACGCGUUAAUAUGUUUUGGCUGUUAUCUUCUCGGUCGACUGGGUCUGGCCAUCCUCACUUUCAAUGACGUGCCCGAGGCGCAUGAAGAGCUACAAAAGGAGAUCGAACAGGCCAAGGCCGAAUUGCGCAGAGCGAAUGUCGAUGUCGAUUAA